CUCGUUCCCCGCGCGUUUAAACCGUUUGUUGGGUUGGAUGAGGCCAGGCCAGUGCAUAACGCGAGAACUAGCAGAGUGAGGUGAGGAUUCAAUUCAGUUAGGUAUAACGCUUUGUUUAGUGUGAGUUCCGUUAUGGCGUAGUGUUUCAAAACGCGAAAUUUAGUGACGAUAUUGUUUAAGUGUGUAAAGAGAUUGAAUAUUAAUGGUGAAGAUGUCGGUAAUGCAAAUUCAGCAGGCCAAAAGGCAACAGUGUUAUCUUUGUGACCUUCCGAGAAUGCCAUGGGCAAUGGUACACGAUUUUUCUGAAGCAGUAUGUAGAGGAUGUGUUAACUAUGAAGGUGCUGACAGAAUCGAAAUAGUUAUAGAAACUGCUAGACAAAUGAAACGAGCUCACGGAUUUCAGGAGCAGCGAUCCGCUCAUAAUGCAAAGACCCACAGAAGUACCACUUCCUUAGAACACCAAAACGGUGAAGUGGUAGCCUCGUCCAGCAGACAACAAAGUGCUCCUCAUCAUACUACCACUUACGGACUUCACCAUUCGAGGUCGAAUAUAUUGGCAGAGUAUCAAGCUGCUCAACAACAAGCUCCUGUGCCUCCCAGAGGGAGAACACAGCUAGAAGCUACACAAGAACACGAAAUUGUUGCACGAACCUCAGUGAGAUUGCCAACGGCAGCCCAUUUGGCUGCUCAUCACCAGUUGCAAACUCAUCAUCAUUCUAACAAUAGCAGGCCCGGUACGAUACCCCAACAGGGAAUUAAAAGGGGGUUAGCUUCGACAGAUGACGAUGAUCAUCAUGGUCAUCAUCAUUCCAACGGAGAUAUCGGCGGGGCUAAAAGAAUGCUUUCAGUUGACGAGCACGGUAAUGCCGUCAGGCCCCCAUUAACUAGGGGAGACUCCCUUCCUGCUGUUUCACUUGCACAGCCUUUUGUUAUUUCGACGGAAAGAACUUUUAAACAAGAGAAACACCCCAUUCGAACAGCUUCCUUUGACGCAGGGACUGCAUUUAAACCUAAUGCUCCCGUCUCGAUAGCAAGUGCGAAUGGGACCUCUUCGAAUUCUCCAUUAAAUAAUAGAACCGGUUCCCCGCCAGAAGCUAACAUGGCUGGUGCGACACCCCAGGCUCAACCUACUACCGGUUCUGGCCAAAGUCCCAUGGCAGCUUUGAUAUCAGUAGCAGACAAUCUACCACCCGGAAGUCCUCGAUCAACUGGAGGAAGUCCGCCUACAAACGUUGCCCCUCGGUCUGCAUCGAGAGGAUCUCAACAUUCGCCUAAUUCAACAGGUUCUUCUAGUGGUAGACGUUCGUCUGGAUCAAGGCAUGUUUCUUCGACGACAGUAACAUCUACAGAAGCUGGCACCAUGUCGGCGAAUAAUAAUGAAACUUUAACCGGUAGCGGCGACAAUGUGGCCACUACUCCUACGGCGACAGCAACUUUGAAAUGUACAUUGUGCCAAGAACGGUUGGAAGAUACACAUUUUGUUCAAUGUCCUUCAGUGCCACACCACAAAUUCUGUUUUCCCUGCAGUAGAGAAAGCAUAAAACGACAAGGAGCAGGAUCAGAGGUAUACUGUCCUAGCGGAGAAAAAUGUCCAUUGGCGAACUCGAAUGUACCAUGGGCAUUUAUGCAGGGAGAAAUAGCCACGAUAUUGGGUGAAGAUUACAAAGUGAAGAAAGAAAGGGAAUCUUAAAGGCAAGCGAAGUCAUGUUGAGCGUGAAACUCUUACUCGAUAGAAGUCGAGGAAAAAAUCUCUUGACCAGAGAUCGAAACCUAAUGGAAAAUAUUGAUGAAGGCAAGAAUUUGGGAGUCAAGAUGCCGAAAGGAUUGUCUUGUACAUUAAACUGGAAAAGGCUGUGUCAAAAUGUUUAGUUCUUAAAUAACGGAUGGUACGCGAAUCUGUAAAAUCCGUCUUAUGAUUGUAUACCUACCGAAUUAUAACAAAAAAAAUGGCUAAUUUCGCCGAAUAUUUGUAAAUAACGACAGCGACCAUGUCUGUAGCUUUUAAAAUGAUUUGUUGUCUCGGGUUUUUGCGAUUAUUUACUGGUCUCUUUUAUUGUAAACGACUUUUUGUAAAUAUUGUACAAUAAGCAAAAAAAAAUUGGAAGAAGUGUAUAAAAUAUAUUAUGCCAGAUAGAUUUAGUUGUAGAAUUUUUGUAUUCGAGAUAGCGUGAUUUUCUCAAAGUAAUUUGGAAAAGUUGGAUUCGCAGUCGAUGUCACGACUUGAUUGAGCAGUCGUAACUCUAACGUAAAACUCCUUGUUCCCGCUAAGGGAGAGGCUCGUGCAUUUUCUACAAAGCUGUAAAUAUUGUAUAUUCAUCAGCUGAUUAUAAUAAACAGUAUAAAAGUCGGUUUAGAUUUUGAAUAUUUAAAUGCCGUCUUAGGCUGUAUUGUAUAAUGAUUUUUGUGGUACAUUCGGGCCAUUGCUUUUAUUUAUGGAAAGUACACUAGUCAACAAGUGAAGUAAUACUACUUCAUUAAUAGGAACUACAAAACUCGCUGGUAAUGUAAGAACGAUAUAAACACUUUUUCAUUAAUAACUAUCUGUCUACUUAAAGCGUUCGUCUUCUUUGCUACUCGAUCCUCUGAGUAUCGAGUAUGUGUAAGACUCUAGAUGAAUCUUUAGACCUGUAUAUUUAUACAAUAUUUAAUAUUAAAGGUACUUUCUGUAGAAGCUAUGCGUAUAUCUUGUUAUGAUAUCUACAGAAUUUGUUUUUGAAUAGUUUGCUAUUUUGUAUUAUAUUCAUGGAUGUUUUUUUAUUAAACUUAUAUCAAUCCAAAUUUAGUUCAGUUUGAGAAAAUUUUGACAUGUUUUAAAAUACUUUCAGAAUCUUUAGAACCGAAGUUUGUUCCAGAAAAUUAUCAUUAAUGAAACGUUGACAAUCACCGUAACUCAAAAUAUAUUUCUUUUCGUUUUUAAAUACCCUUCAAUUAACAAAUGCGGGCAAUACAUAGUUAUUUAGAGUUUGUUAAACACAGAAAUCAACUGCCAUAUAUCCGUACCGACAAAUUUCAAAAGUCUUAAGUACAUUUUUUUAUUAAUUGCGGCUGUGAAAGGUAAAGUGGCGCAGUCACCUGAACAUCAUUUUGGUAUAUUUAAAAGUUUAGGGCCAGAACCCACGGCCCGACUACUUUAACCUUUAGUCUCCCAUCACUUUUAGAUUUUUUUGACAGUUACUUCCCGACGGUACUUUUAAGAACUUAUUUUUUCAGUCAUAACUUUUUAAAAUAAGCUAAAAGCAUGGCUUUUUUCCAACGAUCCUUUAGACACUUUAGAGUACCUAUAAAUCUUAUUGUGUAUUUAACACGAAAUCGUUUGAAUGACAUUUGAAGUAUUAAGCAUCAGCUGAUAACUAAUAAAUGAUAUUUAACAGAACAUUUGUAAAAAAUCUACUUCAACACUUGGGAUAUAAGGGUACCCGAAUUUGGUGGUACUUAAAAGUACCGUCGGGAGACUAAGGGUUAAAACUACGUUUUAUUUUCCUGUCACCUACCUUUAACAUAUACAAGUUAUUGAGUUAGGUUAAACCACCUUACUGCCUCAAUACAUAAUACAUCUAAAUACGUAUAUGUAUAUUGUUUUCCACCAAUGCAAAUGUUCAAUAUUCUUCUAACUGGGCCAGGUUCUCGGUUGUACUGUUCUGCUGAGGUUUGGUUAUGUAAGUGUGUGUAGUAAGGGGGUGAAUAAACAAUUUACACAAACAAUUUAAUAUUUCCAACAAGAGCAUUAUUUAAAAUUCCUUGUUCCCGCUAAGGGAUAGGGACUUCACAUCCUAGCAGGGGGCGUUAAGACGCUAGAAAACCGGAAGAUAAGUAUAGCUAUCACAGAAGAUAUCGGGGAAGAACAGGUAUGUACAUCGGUUAUGACUAUAAAUAUCUGAAAAAUACAUAAUACAUACUUGUAAAGUAAACACCACUCUUACCAUUUUCUAAUAUUAUCUAAGUAUUGACUGGACUUUUCUAUCUGCCUCAUGAAUAAUGAGAUAAAUUAGAAUUUCAUUUAUUUUGCAUAAAAAAUACAUGUAAUUCCGUUAUCAUAAAAUAAUUAUAGGAAUAUCUACCAAUAUUAUUACUCUGGUUCCGUUAUAUCUAUCCUUUUUUUCUACUUUUCUACUAUUGGAUGAGAAAAUAAAUUGAAUUUUAAAAACAAUUUGUUGUUAUUCCUAGAGGAAAUAUUAAAUUUUAUCUACACAUAUUAUUAUGUAUGUGUAGGCGUAGUAGUUAACAUAUUAUUAUUUGUUGCCAAUUAUAAAAAUAUCAUUAAUUCUGAUAGUAAAUAUUGUUAUCCUUCACGGUCAUCUUUAUUUUUAUAUAUUUUGUUUUGAUUGCAGAAUUAUGUUUAUAUUGCGCAUUAUAAAAUUAUGAUUAUAAUAUAAAACUUUACCUGCCAUGUAACACAAAUCUGGCUUAGAGUUCAAUAUUUGCUUUGAUAGUAGAAAGAAAGCAAGUACAUUCAAAAUAAAUUCAAAGUUUGUACUGAGUAAUAAGUGAUUAUUUUCUGGGACAAGCUUCACAAAAAAUUUUUAUUGUAGAAAUUGAAUUUUUGAAUAUUGAAUUGAAUCGAUAAAUGUCAUAGAAUUUUUAAACCUGAUAUAUAGGAGUAUAUAUUAUACUUCUACAAACAAUUUUGUCCUAAUACCACACUAAUAUCUUACGAUAUUAGUUUUUUGUCUUUGUGAAUAAUUGUGCUUAUACGCAGUUUGAUGUCUUGAAUAGAUUUGUUUCUAAGAACACCAGUUGUCAUUUUUUUAGAAAAACAGUUAAAUUGACCUACCGGCAAAAAGUCAACCCCUAUUUUAUGUCUUAAAAACAGGUUCUAUAUUUACAAAUCCAUUUUUUGAUAAUUUUGAAACUGAAAAUUAGUGAUCAGAUUCUAUACUUUAAUUUUUGUUUAUCAUUGAAAUCAUCUACAGUCGGAAAAAUGAAAGAAUACCCAUUAACAAACAUAUAAAACACGCUGUAUUUUCCUGUCACCGUGUCACAAAGAAAAUUGUCCAGUGCAAGUACAUGUAACAAUAAUUAUUACAAUAAUAAUUAUUGUUACAUGUACUUACACUGGACAAUUUUCAAUAAUUAUUACAAUAAUAAUUAUUGUUACAUGUACUUGCACUGGACAAUUUUCUUUGUGACACGGUGACAGGAAAAUACAGCGUGUUUUAUAUGUUCGUUCAUGGUACUAUCAAGCAUAUACUAAAUAGAGGCAGCUUUUCAAUUUUGAGUUAGAGGCGUACCAACAGAGAGAGCGAAUAAAACUACAUGCGCUUUCUGGCAACCCAUCGGUUCGACUUUUGUACAGAAAUAUAGAGGUAUUUGAGACAUGUCAAUCAGAACGAGGUGCAAAGGAGAUAGCAUGUAGUUUUACUUGCCCUCUCUCUUGCGAUACUCAUCACACACUCAGAUCAUGAAGGCUGCCUCUAGUUAGUAUCUGCUGGAAGAAACUUACUAAUUGAGUUUAUUGAAUAUAUUCUUAAAUGACCUUCUAGUAAUUUGCUGUGAAGGAAUCAAGUAAAAUUGACCAAUUUCAAAUAUCUUAAUAAAAUAUGGAAGUGACUUUUUCCCAGUGUGGGUAAUUUUUGGAUGGCAUUAAGCGGUAAAAAGUAGAUAUAGAAAUUAAUAAUUUGAAUAUAAAAAAUAUUUAUAAAUUAAAUAAUUAUCAACAUUUUUUUUUGAAAAUAUAAAAUAUUUUUGAAAAUAAGUGUAUACUUUACAUAUUAUGCAUAUGAUUGUGGUUUAUUGAGUAGUCGAUAUCACGUUUUAGUACAUAAUUUGGUUAAAAAAAUAGGAUAAAUGAUAAUUUUAAUGAUAAUGUUAAAAAUAAUACCAUGAACUUAUUAAAAAAUUGUAAAAUAACUGUUCCCUCGAAAUUUUAAUUCAAAAAGCAUAAUAGCUGAAGUUAGAUAAAGCUAAGGUUUUUAAAAGUAUGUAACGGAAAAGGCAUGGGCUGAAUUUAUAUGAAGAGAUACUUGGCUUUUUGUUUCGAUAGAUCUCUUAUUUUUUGUUACUUUUACAUACAGGGUGAGGCAAAUAAAUGGCCUAUUAGAAAUAUCUCGAGAACUAAAGGCAAAAUAAUCAUGAAAAUUUAAAUUAAGGGGUUUUGAAGAGUCAUCUAUUUAAUGAAAAUAUUUUCAUCUAUUUGCUUAUACCGGAAGUUGCUUAUAACUUCGUUUUUUUAAAUGGGACACCCUGUCUUCUUUCUUAAAAUAUGAGGUUUUGUAAUGUUAUACAGGGUAUUUUAAAAGAUAAUUACGUUUUUUUAUUAAUUUCGUAGCAACAUUCACACCCUGUAGAAUUGUAGUAGUUUGACAUCUAAAACUCUACUUACGUUCAAAUGAUUUUUAGUAUAGUCUACUAUUGUUAAGAAUCAUUAGUAUAGCUAAAUUUUUAAUUUUAGUAUACAGGGUUGGUCGAAACUCAGAAUGAGUAUUUUCUGAGUUUUCUUAAAUGGAACACCCUGUAUUUUAGUAUUGUAAUGAACUGAUAUUUUAUGGUACUCUUUUAUUUCUUAAGCAUUCCCUAUACCUAACUGCUUUAAUUUGUGCUUAAUUGUUAAUCACACCAACAAUCUUAACUACGUAGGUAUUUUGAUAGCUAAACCAUUAUUGGUAAUUUUAUGGAUCAGUCUGGAUUAAUAUGUAUUUAUUUCUGAAAAAUUAUUUGUGAUUGAAUUUUUUCACGGCCAACCUAAUAAAAUUUUACGUAUUUUUUGUUGCAAUUAAUGUUUAGCUUGAAUCACCAAUAACUCACAAAUUAAAGCAAUUAGGUAUAGGGAAUACUUAUAAAAUAAAAAAGUACCAUGAAAUAUCAUUUCAUUACAAUACUAAAAUACAGGGUGUUCCAUUUAAGAAAACUCAGAAAAUAUUCAUUUCGAGUUUCGACCAACCCUGUAUACUAAAAUUUCAAAAUUAGCUAUACUAAUGAGUCUUAACAAUAGUAGACUAUAUUAAAAAUCACUUGAACGUAAGCAGAGUUUUUAAUGUCAAACUGUUACAAUUCUACAGGGUGUGAAUGUUGCUACGAAAUUAAUAAAAAAAACGUAAAUAUCUUUUAAAAACCCUGUAUAAUAUUACAAAACCUCAUAUUUUAAGAAAGAAUAUAUUGAUGAGAAUCCAAAAAUGUAAAAAUAUACAGGGUGUCCCAUUUAAAAAACGAAGUUAUAAAGAGAUGAAAAUAUUUUCAUUUAAUAGAUCAUCCUUCAAAACCCCUACAUUCCAAUUUUCAUGAUUCUGUUGCCUUUCUCGAGAUAUUUCUAAUAGGCCAGUUAUCUGUCUCACCCUAUAUACUUUUGGAUAUAAUGUCAGGUAAUUAGAAGCAAUAAAAAUAUCAGAUUUUAGAUAAAAUGGCGGACAAGAUACAUAAAUAAAAACAAUUAUCAAAAAAUUAUAAUAUAAUACAUAAUAUAUUUAAUAAUCUAAUAUUAAAAUACUUAAUAUGAGUAUAAAUUUGUUGGUCGAACUGUUAAAGUUGUCUUUAUGUCUUUGUUAGAAAACUAUAAAAAUAUAAAUUACAAACGAUAAAUAUACAAAUUUCAUAAAACUAUAUUUGUCCAUUCCUUUCACAAAAGAUUACCGUCCUCUCCUCUACAUAUAUUAAGCCGAGAUUCAACGGAAGGUGAAGCGACGGUCUUCAUCGUUAUAACAGUUGGAGAAAAUAGGUAAUAGAAAAAGACAAAAUUUAAAGACGGGAAUCGACGAAACGUGGAAUACCGUUCCUCCCCUUAAUAUUUGUGGUUUACGACCUGUGGAAUAGGACAGACCUGUCGGAUUUAUGGUCAGCGCGUGCGGUCCCGUCAUUUGUCACGUGUAUCAACCCAGUUCAAAGGAAAGUCAGAAGCUGAUGCGCAGGUUUACCCCUCUAACCCUUCUGACAAGGCUAGGCGCAGGUAUUGUCAGGUUCAUGGUAAUUUUACUAUGGAGUGGUCUAACGACGUUGUGUUGGAUUUUUUUUCAUUUUGUGAGUUAACCAAUUUACUAAAAUUCCGAUCGCCAACAGUGGUGGCGUACAACAGCCUAAACUAAACUUUCGAAAUUCGAGGGGACACGCUCCAUCGGAAUGGUCCGACCACAUUUUGGGGUAGGUGGAGUGAAUUUAUCAAAAAGUAAAUCAAAAAGUGCUGUCUUUUCUUUUCACUAUUAUCUAUUUUUCUUCGCUGACGUGAACUACGUGUAAUGUGAAAGCCGCUCACAAUCCGUGGGAUAUCGGCUUUAAAAGGAUUUUGAGUAGAAUUGUUGAUCUCUUUGUGCAUUGAUAGGUCAAUUUUGCAAACAGUCUUUAUAAUUUAAUGAAUUUAAGUUUUUGUUACACUAAUUCCUGGACAGAGAAAACACACAGAAAGGGGACAUAUUAAAAAAAUAUAUUUAAAUUCAAUUAAAAAAACCUGUUAUCUGACUUCUUCUAAAUUGCUUAAAAUAAUUUAGUAGCAAUUAUAUAAUAUAAAAAUAACUAAGAAAUCAUUUUGUACUAAAAAAUUGUAUUCGCUAAAUUAUGAAGAACGAAAAGUAAUACUGUGUAGAUUGACUGUUUUAUUAGAAACAUAUUCAACAGGAAAUAUUUUUUUUCUUAUAUCACGAGAUAGACCUGGCCGUCACAUUUACGUUCCCCAAAUAUAAAUUUUCAGAAUAUUAUAUUUUAUCCAUGAAUAAUAAAUUUUGAUUUUAACGAGUAUAUUCUUUCAUAUCCGUGCCCCUAGAUAAUUAUUACUUAAAACACAUUUCAGGUGUUAUACCUUCAGUUCUAUCUCUGGCCCUUUCGAUUUUCAUCGCUUUUCAUCGAGUCCUUAUUGAGGACUUCACGAGAUGAUUGUGCCGUUUUUGAAAAUCUAUGGUUCUUUGAGUUCCAUGGUUAAUAAAUGUUCGUUCCAAGAUUUUUGCAUCUCAAGCGAGGGUGUAUUUUGUUUCUAUAAUUAUGUUCAGCAUCAGUAAUAGAAACAUCCAUCUUAGAUAUACUGAUAACACGUUUAUUCGCAUUCCUAAUUAACAACAUAAUUUAUAAAAAGCAAAUACAGAGUUGUCUGUAGAAUAUAUCAUAGCAGUCUUAAUUUUAACAAAAACUGAACUCCCCAUAGAAAUGUCUGUUUACCAUUCUACUGAAGUGCUUGUUUCAGAGGUGAUUUUCAUACUAAAAAUACAAAUAUGUAAAGUUUGUUUAGCAGUAAAUGGUUGACUUCAAAUAGUACCCACUAUAAACACCUGAGUUAACCGAUAAUAGUAUAAAAUGCCCGGUUUCAGGUAAAAUUUAAAUAUGUUUGAAUGUUUGUUUUUCUAUAAUCUUAAUUAAAAUAGAUUUAAUUUAUUUGAAAACAUUAAUUUCGAGCAUAUAAGGCAAAGCAAUAUAUUUUACAUUCGUUUUUUUGUUUUUGUCGUCAUAAUUAUUGUAAAUUUUGUGGAUCCUUUGCUUUAUUAUAGGAGUACAGUCUAGUCAGUGUUAAUUGUCAAAACACCAACUCCGUCUACCUAGUUUGCUUAUCGCUCCGGACUGGUCUUAACAAUGAGCCAAGUCAGAUAAAUUUAAUAAUAUUUACGGCCGCACUAAUUGAAGUCAACCAUUUACUGCUAAACAAACUUUACAUGCAUGUUUGAAGAGAAGUCCUUCAUUACACUUAUUAACUUAUACUUUCAUCUCUUGUUUUUGUUCCGUAUUGAAACAAAACAACCCUUACAAAGAACUUCUUUAUUAUCUGAAAUAAAUUAGCAAGUAGUGCAAAAAUUAAAUAUUAUUAAAUAAAUUAAAUAAAAAUCAAAUGUCUUCCAGUGUUUUAAAUCCCAUAUGACUUAUAUUUAAAAGAUUAUGCCAGAUAUGUUUUAUAGAAACAAUAUUUAUUUGAAUGCAUGACUCCUCCUUGUACCAAUUUUAUCAGGAAAUAUUUCGCAUGGAGUCAGUGAAACUAUAGGAAACUCGGCAUUCAUUCAGUAGCGUAUUUUCAACAGGGUACGCCACGAAACUUCACCAUAAUUAUUGGCGUUUGCGCUACAAAUAGAGUAAAAUAUAGAGAUAAUUUAUUUAAAAUAUAAAUUUAAUCUUGUCCUAUAAAUGUAACAUAUAUUAGCUCAGAUAAUCAGAUUAAGUGUAGCAAGGUUACACUUUGGAUAGCAGUAAUUAAUCUGUAUUUUAAACCCAAAAUUUGGAAGAAAAAAAAGAGCAACAAACUUUUAGUUACGUACUAAAAUUUUUGUUGGGAUAAAUUUGUUCUUAUAAAGUAGUAAACGUGAUCGUAUAUGUACUAAAAAAUAAUCUGUGUUGUAUGCAGUAUUACUUUGUUUUAAAUUGUUUUUGUUGUUUCAAUAUAUUCGUAAUUUUCUUUAUCUGCAUUCUGUUUAGACAGAAGCAAAGGACUUUAUUUAUGUAACAGGAGAUUCUGCAUUAAAUGUAUAAUUCGAAUUGACAUCACCGAACUAAAUAUUUCUAAAAAUUAUUUCAAAAUCAUACAACGUUUUAUUGUAUGAAUGUAGUCUCAUUUUGGUGAUGAGAUUGGGCGAAUACAAGGUAUUUAGUUGUGUAACAUUUGUCUUUUUAAUUUCUUUAUUGUACGUUUGUAGUUGGGUGAUUUUGAAAUAUUUUUGGUCUAUGGAUUAUUCAUUUUAAUUGAUGUAUUUAUAUUAUAGGAAAAUCAGUCUUAAUUUUUUAGAUUUAACUUAUAACCAUGAGUUUAAACAAUUUGUGACUUGUAUUCACAGACAGAACUGUAUUGACAAUGUCAGAUUUGUAAAUUGUAGUUGUUAAUUUAUAUAACGAGGACAUCUUCUUGUUUAAAGCUUGUACAAUCUAUGCUGUUGAUGUCAAAAUAAACUGAAGGUAUAUUACAUGUAAAAA